AUGAAGACCAAAAUUAAGAUCGGCAUUACGGAUUGUGCUCGUUAUGUGAAUUAUGAAAAAUGGUUUCUUGAUGCGCCUCAAUUGGUUGAUGUUAUAUGUUUAUCUUAUCAUCUCGAUAACGCUGAUGAUGUUGAAAAAUGUGACGGCAUGUGGAUGCUUCAUUGCGUUUGUUUAUCUGGUGGAGAAGAUGUUCAUCCAAAAGUCUAUAAAAAACCAGAAGUAUUAGAAAAAUUAAGUUUGGAUGAUAUUGAUGAAAAUCGUGAUGAUUUUGAAUUGAAAGUAAUUGAAAAAGCAUUAAAGAACAAACUACCGAUACUUGGAAUAUGUAGAGGUAUGCAAUUGUUUAACUGCUAUCUCGGAGGAACGCUUAUGCAUGACAUUCCAACUGUUACAAAUUUAAAUAGUCAUGGCAAAAUACAAGGAAUUGAUCAACGUCAUGAUAUUACUGUUGAAGAAAAAACACUUUUAAAUCAAAUAACUGGCUGUUUGAAGGGUGCUGUUAAUUCAAGUCAUCAUCAGUGUGUUGGUACAUUAGCAAAUGAUUUAUUGAUUGCAGCUAAAGCUGAAGAUCCAAUUGUUGAGGCAACACAAUGGAGAAAUAUUAAUGAAAAUUCAUUUUUUCUUGGCGUUCAAUGGCAUCCUGAACGAAUGCCUGAUCAAGAAAAUCCAUUUGCAUCAAAAAUUCGUCAAGCAUUUUUAGACUCUAUUAUUGAUAAAACUGUUAAAUCAAAUACAACAUCAACAACUUGUUGA